AUGCCCGCUAUCGACCGUCUGCAUGGUCCGCAUAGCCUGACCGCGGCAGCCCGGAAACUCAAUUGGCCAGUCGUGGAGCUUCCCCAACCACUUUUCAGCUGCAAUCGCCCUUCCCGGCCACUUGUUUCCAGGGUUCUCAGGCCGGCGGCUGCUGCUGAGGCCCUGCGAAAAUCAGCAAUCGACCACUUCUCAAGUUCUCACACCAAUACGGGGGAUCCAAUACUGGGUCUCACACAUCGUGGAACACCUCCAUUGGACUGUCUGUCUGCAACCGCCGCACAACUCAUGCAAGUCGACGGUCGCACAUGCAAAACGAGGCUGGCUGGCGGCUUUGCUUUUUCCAGGGAGGCCUACGACGUGGCCAAGGCAAAGUACCCUACCUGCGGUCCUGCCUACCUCACGGAUCCCGCCCGCAGCGCCCGAGUGGGGCUUCAAACCAUUGAUGGAUCUCAGCAGUCAGAUUCCCCAUUUCCCCUGGAUCCAUCAGAGAGUCAUGGAGACGCUGCUCCGUCCCAGUUUUGCUCUCCCAUGAGACUCUGGCACUCUUCAAUGGGAGAGGUUGGAGCUAUUCAUAAUCACCAGCCUCCCCGUCCUUGGAUCAUCCCAAUUGGCAUCAUAUUGUCAAUGGUUUCAAACCAAAGCCAUCAAACCAGACGAACCGGUCGGGGCACACGGGCGGGAGCUCCCCUGCAAAGCACCUGGUUGCCGUGA